GAAGGUCUGGGAGGGUACAAGGUGGCUGUGGGACUGGAAGUGGCUGGAAAGGGUUAACGCAGCUGCCCUGCGCUGAGCCUUGUCCAGACAAGGCUCCAGUUUCAGCUGUAAUUAGCUCUUGUUUAUUAGAGGCUCCCUGAUAAAUGAUUCUAUGGAGGUUGCCCGAUGACAGAGGGUGACAGCUCCCACUUCGGCUGCCCCAAGCGCUGCUAAAGCCCUUACUGACCGCCCUCCCCCCACUCCCCCCACACCCUCCCCCACUCCCCGUGCAAGGAUUAAAGUUUAAUGUAGCUCUGGAGCUGACCCCAGGCAUGCACUGCCCCGGGGACACAGGGCUUCGGAGAGGUUGGUGACCAUCCCUUGGGCCACCGACAGGGCAGGAGACAUUUUGGAACCAGCCCGGUGGCCAAUGGCUAUCACUGCAUUGUGGCCAUGGGGCCGUUUUGUGAUGUCUUUGAGGUCAUCCAAGAGGUUCACUGACGAAAUGUCACACUAGAUUGUGUUUGCCCCCUGGGACUGGCCCUGCAGAACGGGCUCAGUGCCACGGCGGGGCCGGUCGGUGUGGUCUGGGCACAUUCCCUGGCACUAGAAGAUGUGAGAGUGCCAAAAGCCACCGCAGUGCUCCCUGGGGUGGGUUGAGGUCCUGCCCCACAGCCACCUGUGGAGCAGAGGCUGCCUGGGGAGCGCACUGGAGUGAGGGGAACUUGGAGGCAUCCUCAAGAUGAACCUCCUCACCCAGGUGAGCACCCUGGUGCAGACCCUGCGACCCCCGGACGGGCCGUUCCUCCAGCUCUGGCACUGGCUGGGCUCCUGGGUGCGACAGGUGAGCAGCUCCAGGCAGGCGGUGGCCGGGGCAGCGAGCACGGCGGCGUUCUUCCUCUGCGAGGGGCUGCUGGGACAGCACUUCGACGUGGUCCCCAAUGGGGCGGCUGAGCCCCAGCCUGGCGAUCUCUUCCUCUUCCCGCUGGCCUCAGGCGGUCCCGGCUGGUGGGGCACCCACGCCGGCAUCUACUGCGGUGACGGGGAGAUCAUCCACCUGGAAGGCAGCUCAGGGACGUCCCCAUCAGGGAUCGUGGCCAAGCACGGCAAGAGCCACCUCCUGCGGACGCGGGGCCCGGCCAAGGUGCUGCGCAGGAAGGGAGGGCUGGACGCAGCCGCCCUGCAGCGCCGCAUCCGGGUGGCCAUGGACCAGGCGAUGGAGUACGACGCCGUCACCUGCAACUGCAUCCACUUCGCCCUCUCCCUGCUGGGCCUGGGCCACUUUGCCGGUGCCAUGGUGGGUGCCACCGCCAUAGCAGCUGCCACCACUCCGGGGCACCGAGACACCAGCUGUGGCAGAGCGUCACCACAGCCCAGCUUCUCUCCCAGGUGUCCCCAGCGCUGCAGUGAUGGAGGCGGUGACGUGCUUGGGGGACGCGCAGGGCUGGGUCAUCCUUCGCCAGGGGAUCAGUAUCGUGCUGAGACCUUUGGCAAUGCUCUUCUGUGGCAAUAAACAGUUAACAAUUGCACCAAGA